CCUAGCCACCACUCUCAUUUAAUUUUUGAUUUUUCAAAAAAAAAACCACCAAACACAAAAACCACUUCAAAAUUCCCCGCCACCGCCAUGGCCAUCGAUUGCAACUCCUCCUCUUCCGCCGCCGCCGCCACCCCCACCGCAACCACAAACCCAGUUCAGCGAGCCCCACCAAGACCCACAACCACAACUACAACAACCAUCUCUCCUCAGACCCAACAUAUCCCCCGUCUUCCGCCCGAGCUCUUCGCCGCCAACAUUCGCCCUCUCCCACCACACCGCAACUACAUCCCCGCCUCUGCCUCAGUCUCUGCGCCGCCCCAGGGAAUUCCGUACCCGGUCGUCUCCUCCGGCCGCGGCUUCAUCUCCCUUCCCAAGUCCUCCUCCUCGUCCCCCGCCGCCGGCGCCGAUCAGACCGUCACCGUCGCCAGUCCCAACCCCUCCGGUUACCGGCCUCGGCCCGCGGCGAAUUACGUGGUGAGGCCGAUCCAACAUAUUCAUCAUUAUCAUCAUCAUCAGCAGCAGCCUCAUCUUGUUGCUGGCCCAGUUAAGGGUGUUCCGGUUUCUAUCCAAUUGCAACCAAAGGUACCUCCUUCGCCGUCUGUUCCCGACUGUAAUGGCUAUAAAGAUAUGAGGGACAAAGUUAGAGAUGAUUCUUUAACUAUUGUCAGAGACCGAAAAGUUAGAAUUACUGAGGACGCCUCCCUCUAUGCGCUUUGUCAAUCGUGGUUAAGGAAUGGUUUUUCUGAAGAAAGUCAGAAACAAUAUGGUGAUGCUGUGAUGUCCCUGCCCAGACCUUUGCCCAUUCCGAUGGCAACCAACAAUGAGCAAAAGAAGGAAGGUGAAGAAGACGACAAUGAUGGUGAUGAGGAGGACGAGGAAUCUGUCAAGAAUCUGAGUGCUGAGGAUCUGUUUAAAAGACAUUUGAAACGCGCCAAAAAGGUUCGAGCACGAUUACGAGAAGUGCGGCAGAAACGAAUCGCGAGGUACAAAUCUAGGCUUGCCCUUCUCCUGGGAGAACAGUUCAGGAAUGAUGUUGCUUCUGGAACUUGAUACUUGAUCAACAAAGAUGACUCUUGAUUGUAAACCAUUUGCACCAACUGCUUAACUAGUAGAUAACCUUGGUUUUACUUUUUCUUUAAGAGUGAAAUAUGUAGAUAGCGGUAAAGCGCUUUAGUAAGUGUGGAAUAAUCUGAUUGGACUUUUCUUUUUCUUUCUCCCAAAUUAUUGUAGAUUAACCGUUUUUAGUA